UAAUUUAUAUCAACCCAUUACUAUGCCGGUCAAGAAGCCGGUGCCGCGCUCACAGGCCAAAGGACCUAGUCAAAGAGCAAAGGCACACAGAUCGACGAAAGGCCCAAAGGCAAAGCAAUCGAGAAAAUCUGCCACUACUGCGCCUGAGCACUCUCAGCCGGGCUCUUCGACUCUGAAGCGGAAACGAAGGGGGCCACCAUCUCAUUCGAGCAAUAGAGACCAAGAUGAUUCUUCGAUACAAAAUUAUACUACCCUAAAGCCACGCAUUCAACGGAUACCAAAAGAAACUGUUACAUCGAAAUGGGAACCACUUUCGGAGAUUGCACAGGCGCGGGUUCGAGACCUGUUCUUCGACGUCGAACGACCCGUGAUUGCGCUCUAUCGACAGGAGAAACGGAGAGGAGAAGCUCAACAUGCUGUCAAUGCGGUGGUCCGAAGACUGCAGCAACGACUUCCGCGAAUGCCAUUUCCACCGCAAACAAAAGACUUGCAUUUAGAUUAUGAAGGUUUACUCAACAGCAAUAAUGCUAUGGAGAGCAAAUUGACUCCCGCCGGUCAUACUAUUGCUCUACUCAAGGCUCAAAUAGCGAAAGAAGAUCAGGCAUUAGCCUCGGAACGUCAGCAGCUGGCGCGACUGGAGGCAAAUGCAGCGGCUGAAGACAGUCUACGAAAACGACGCGCGAGGACUAUGCAUCCUCUGCUCCAAACUCGUGCCGACGAGACAAUUGCCAAGACUGGUCAAGAUCGCAGCUUGUUUGACGACAACACGUCUGCUGAAAGCGACACAUUGACCAAACAGUUACUUAAUUCCGACUUGGAUGAUGACUUGAAGCCGCUCGUCGAGCAGCUAUAUGGGCACAUGGAAAGCAUCAAGUCCAACACCGCACAAGUGUCUGGCCUGAGCGAUGCAAUUGCACGUACUCGCGCUGCUGUCGGCCAUGCAUUGUAUGCACGUCUAGGCGAAGCCGGGCGCCCUCCUCUUAUGGACGGUCAAUCACUUUGAUCUUUUUUACGAUAUCUGGGCUUUUUUUCUGACUGGCGUUGGACUAUGGAAACGACCGACUCAUAAAGUCAUAGGGUCAUGGACUCAUGGACAUGGGGCAAACAGGCAAUAUAGGCGUCAUUGUGGGGGCGGGUCUCUUUUCUGUGACUUUACGUCUAUUCAAUCCUCUUCAUCUUCGUUCAAUAUUCUUCUUCGCGUUUUCUAUUUCUAUCACUGGCAGCUGGGAAAUAUGACUGAC